AUGACCAAAAACAACCCCACCUCCUCAUCAAUGGUUACCCCACGAUCCCCACCAAAGAAACAAAUCAACCUCCUUCGCGGAUGGCCCAACACCUCACUACUCCCAACGAAAGCUAUUCAAAAUGCAUCAAAUAAAGUUCUUUCGAAUCCAGAUCUUGCUAAUCCGGGACUGUUGUAUGGACCAGAUACAGGACCAUCGAGUUUGAGGGAGAGCGUUGCUACAUGGCUUCGUGGAUUCUACUCGGAAUACUAUCCUCCGACGAGUGCCAGAGAAGAGAAUAUCCCAAUGAACCAAGAUAAUCAGGGCAAGAUCAUUUCGCCAGACGCAGAUAGGAUAUGUAUUACGGGAGGAGCUUCACAGAAUCUAGCGUGUAUAUUACAGACAUAUACAGAUGCUAAGGUUACGAGGGUGUGGAUGGUUACGCCGGGUUAUUUUUUGGCAGGGAGGAUCUUUGAUGAUAGUGGUUUGAAAGUUGCGGCUGUUGGGGAAGGGGAUGAGGGUGUGGACUUGGAGGACUUGGAAAGUAAGAUGGAAGAAGCUGAGAAGAAGGAUACGGGUGUAAAGCCCAUCAAAGAUCCAAAAUCAAGACCUUGGGGAAAGAUCUACAAGAAUAUCAUCUAUUGCGUCCCUACCUUUUCAAAUCCAUCUGGGAAGACCAUGUCUCUAUCAUGUCGCACCCAACUCGUUAAAUUGGCUCGCAAGUACGAUGCUUUAAUUGUUACAGACGAUGUUUAUGAUUUUUUACAGUGGUCUACCAAUUCAUCUUCCCGGGAUAGUCCUCUAAAGAAAACCAUACUUCCAAGACUCGUAGAUAUCGACCGUACGCUGGAUCCUAUCCCCAAUUCGGAUAGUUUUGGAAACGCCGUCAGCAAUGGAUCUUUCAGUAAGAUAGCUGGGCCAGGUGUCCGAACUGGGUGGGCUGAAGCCACUCCAAAAUUUGCAUUAGGAUUGAGUUUGGUGGGUAGUUCGAGAAGUGGGGGGUGUGCAAGUCAGUUGACUGCUACUAUCAUUGAUCAGGUUUUGAGAUCUGGGGAUUUGAUGGCACAUAUUGAGGGUGUGCUUCAGCCCGCUUAUAAGAAUAGAUAUGAGAGGUUAAUGGAAGCGGUCAUGAGAGAGUUGGGACCGUCGGGAGUUACUGUUGAGAAUACGGAGGAGGUAACAGUAUUCGGAGGGUAUUUCAUAUGGUUAAAUCUUCCUCGUGGUAUUGAUGGGGAAUUGGUAGCUCAGAUGGCAUUGGAAGACGAGAAUCUUGUUGUAGCGAAAGGGAGCAUUUUUGAGGUACAGGGGGAUGAUAGUGUGAAGUUACCGAGAGGGUUAAGACUUUGCUUCUCGUGGGAGGAGGUGGAUGAUUUGGAAGAAGGAGUAAUUAGUGCUUCCACAACAGCGACUCUUCUGGGAUUGAGAAUCAAAAAUAUGUCACCCAUCAACAUACCACCAAUCAAUCACAUAAACAAACGUAAUGACCGUGGACUAGACUAUAACGCUGAGAAUAGCGGGAUAAAAGCGUGGUAUGGAUAUCUUGCAUACCGGCAGGAGGGGAAACAAAUGGCUAAUAAAGUCAUGAGUUCAAGUGAACUUGAGGAUAUUGGUUGUACUUCAGAUGUAUUCGCUGCGGACGAAACUUAA